AAUCGGUAAACGUCAAACCGUCAAAACACAAACCGAAAGAAAGAAAGGCACGCUAUCAUUGAAAUUUUCGCAAGUUUUCGGCAAAGUCGCGUAAUUUGUACAUAUUCCAUCGUAUUCCGUGUAGGUAUCGUGCUGUCGGAAAGUGAUAACGAGUGUCGGUAGACGGUAUUUCGCCAUCACCUGUGGUGCGUAAAAACAAAAAUCCUAAUUGCUUAUUCAAGAAGACUUAACUUCUUAUAGCAACAGAAUAAAAACAAUGAUCAAUCAGUACGUGAGUCCGCUAUCGAUUGCAGUUAUAUGUUCCUCAAACAUGAACCGUUCGAUGGAAGCGCACGGUUUUCUGGCUAAAAAACGUUUCAAAGUGCGUUCGUUUGGAACCGGUGAUAAGGUUAAACUACCUGGAACGACUGCCGACCGACCAAAUAUUUACGAUUUCGGCACCACUUACGACGAAAUUUAUACCGAUCUGGUCAGCAAGGACAAGCAAUACUAUACACAGAACGGCAUCUUGCACAUGCUAGAUCGAAACAGACGAAUCAAAAAUUCUCCGGAAAAAUUUCAAUUGUGUGGCGAACGGUUCGAUGUUUUGGUCACCUGCGAAGAACGGGUAUACGAUCAGGUUAUUGAAUUUAUGGAAUCAAAAUCGCCGACUUGUAACCUACCAGUGCACGUGAUUAACAUCGAUAUUCAGGAUAACCACGAAGAAGCAACUGUCGGUGCAUUUAUUAUCUGUGAUCUAAUAACAAUGAUGGCCCAAAGUGAUGACCUGGACAAUGACAUCGACGAACUGUUGCAUGAUUUCGAAAGCAAAUGCCAACGGAGUGUGCUGCAUUGUGUAUUGUUCUACUAGUGUUGAGUUCAAUUCAAGCAAACUACCAGUCCCAAAACUACAAUAACUAUGAAAAUAAAACUAGACAUUUUAUUUCAUCAUUUCUCCCCACUUUCUAGUGUACUAUAUAAUUAUUUCUUAGUUGUUAGCUGAUAGGUAUAUCGUAAGAGCAAAGCAACCCCCUAGGAUAUCAGGUUUAAACUGUUUUUUUCUCUUAAUAAUGAAUCAACGGCUAUAGUUUGUAUCGAUUCAAGCAGAACAGAACAAAGCAUUACAAGUACGGUUCAAUCUUGACAAAUUUAUAAUAGGACAGUUAUAACGAAUUUGAGGGAAUCGAGACGGAUCACUGAACGAAACUAUAGCACAUAAUAAAAACACCGGCUAGUGAUCCGACGUAAUUAGAAUCGUUGAUUAAAGCAUAUAUUUAAUAUAAAGAUGUGUAAUCCUUUUGUAUAUUGAAUAAAGCUACAAAACAGUUA